AUGACCACGCUGCUCAACAACCGCCCGGAUUCAGGUCCCCCGCCUCGCCCGAUUCGCUUUGUCCAUAACCAGGGCCAGCCGCCGUCCAAGCGGCGCAGAAUCAAUGCGGCGUGCCUGACCUGCCGAAGGCGUAAAACAAGAUGCGCCGGCGAACGACCGCAAUGCUCGACAUGCACCAAGAACGGACACCAGUGCCUGGGCUAUCCUGAGGAUAGGAGAGAUGGUACCGACUCUGGAUUGAGGCCGGGCGAAGAAGACGAUGCGCCAAACGAAGAAAUCAACCAAGCAGAAGACGACGUGGCAAGGAAACCUGCUGGUACCGCGUCCGAGACUCGUCCGACGUCAUCAAGAAGAGACAAUGCGCCAGCAGCGUCUGCUUCAGCUCACCCUUCAGCUACCUCCGAUGAUCUCCCCGGCUCUCCCACUCUGCGGCGGGUUAUCCCCAGCCGUCGCAUCCCCUACUUCCGAUACUUUGGCUCCACGGCCAUCGUCCCGGGAUUCAAGCAAAUGGUGGUGUCCGUACGCGAUCGGCGUCGGUCUACGGGAGGCUCACAUUCUAACCCUUCGCUCCAGUCCACUCCCAGUGGCGUCAUAGCCAGUGGCUCGGCCGUGGAUAGCGACAUUGUCCGUGAAGACAUUCCAUCUUAUGAUCCGAAUAACCCCGCUCCGGUCCAUCCCCUCAUUGUCCAACUAACCACUGCAUUCUUCAUUCAUGUUGGCUGCAAUUACCCUUUUCUCAACAAGGAAAAAUUCCUGCGCCAUGUCAAGGACAAACGCGUCGAGCCAAUCUUGGUGGAUGCCGUAUGUGCCAUUGCGGCGCGCUUCUCGGAUAACCAUAUUCUCACUGGAGGCAACGACAAGAUGCCCCGAACAGAGAGAGGCCAAGUCUUUGCGCAGAGAGCCAGACAAGCCACUGUCGAUACCUUUCCUUGUCCUUCUGUAGGCGCAGUCCAAGCCUGCCUGCUCAUGGCAUACGAAGGCUUUGGCGCCAACCAAGACAGCGCCUUGUGGAUGUACUUGGGCCUGGCCAUACGCAUGGCCGUCGAUCUUGGUCUUCAAAAGUGCGUGGGAAUCCAGUACCAGGGCGAGAAGGACCCCUGGUAUACCCGACAUCGAAGCCGCGCCAAUGACGAUGACCACGAGAGCCCAGAAGCCCACAAGACCGAUGGUAUCGACACGCUCAGCCCGCAAGAGCAGAAAGAGGUGGAGCAAGAGCGUAUCGACACGUUUUGGUCCGUAUUCAUCUUGGAUAGAGUCAUCUCUUCAGGCACAGGACGGCCCGUGACCAUACGAGACGGCGACUACGAGCUAGCUUUUCCCGAAUCCAACAAUGAUUUGAUGACUGGGUGGCCCAACCCCUUUCCGGUUUUUGUCAAAAUCAUCAACCUCUACGGUCAGGUGUGCGAUGUUUUGAACAAUGUUCAUGACGCCCAGGAUCUUACGCAGGAUAAAUGGGAUCAGCUAUCCGAGAUGGAACACCGGCUGACGAGAAUGUACAAACACUGGGACCCACGACUCCAGUUUAACGUCAGCAACUUCAAGACAUAUCUUGGAAUGGGCCAGGGCACCAUUUUUGUCCUCCUUCACUUUUGGUUCCACGCGCUCUUCAUCAUCUUGCACCAGCCAACCCUUCUAACACCCUUUUGCGAACUGAGAAGCGAGCUCCAGCUCCUCUCUGACAGCCGUGAACUGAGCAUGAGCAGCGCCAAGACCAUUUGCGAUAUUCUAUCUUUUGCCGAUUUGAUCGACCCAAAGAGCUUUAUAGGCAACCCAUUCACCAACCAACCCAUCUACAUUGCCGCGUGCGCCUUUCUUAUGGAAUCCAGCGCCACCAAUGCGUCCGAAGAAUCAUCUAGAGAGGGAACGCCUCCCUCAAAUUCCAAUACAAACCGCUCCCGGCAGCAGGCCAAACCUAAUACCAAACAGUCUCGACACUCGCUCCUCGCUUCGGCGGCAAAUCAAAACUACCAAAAAUGCUACAACUCCUUGCAGCAGAUUCAGUCAUACUGGGGCGGUGUGACGUAUAUUCUCACUGUUUUAGACCAAAAGUCAAAAGGCAAAUGGGACGACUGUGAGACAUAUACAGUGGAGGAGUAUGAGAGCACCAAACUGCCGCCAGCUCGGCCGUCCAUUGGCGAGCAGCUCUCUCGACUAGAGAAGCAAUCGUCGCCAAAGAUUGCCGGCUCACCUAUUGCUUUUAGUUUAUCCGGAACAAACCAUUCGCCGAAUUCGAGCCUGACGCUCAUGUACCAAGCCAUCAACUCCAAUGCAGUACCUCUUACCGGAUAUCCUCCCACUUCACACAGCAUGGCGAGACCAGCAAGCGAAUCACCAGGCAGCAUAACCUACGACUCUAUUAGACCUACAAUGCCAGAGGUGGGAGGCAUGUUUUCUCCCCCUAUUCCACAGCCCAACAUUUCAGCAAUCCGGAAUUCACCCCGACGAUCGGCGUAUGCCACUACUAGCUCGAUGAAUGCUACCGGUGUGACCUCACGCAAUAUAAUGAGCUUUGAAGAUAUCAAGGAAGAGAACGAAGAACUGCCUGCUGGCUACGCGACUUUGGGUCAGGGAUCUGGGAGAUAUGAUGCGUACAACGUAUCUUCAGUCAACGGCUCCAACUCUCGAGGCAUGAUGAAUUCAACGGCCGUGACUAGCGCUGCCACCACCACAGGAGGAGCUCAUAACAACUUGUAUUAUGCACAGAACAUGGCCUACCAGGGGCCGUGGGGUCCGAUUAUGGGCAACAUGGACGCCAUUACGUUUGACAGCCAGGAUAUCGAUAUUGGAGCUCUGGGGCUACAACAGCCGGAUCUUAUGGGAGGAUGGCUGGAAUAUAUUCCUAGCGAUGUGCUGGGAGGGUUAUUUGAUGAGCAUCAAGAAUCUGGAUAGGCUGAAAUAAAAGGCUAUAAAUUCCCAAGCACGAAAUUGCGUCAUUUUUAUUCAUUUGUUGUAUCGGCAGAUGACGGGGGCGGAUUUCUGGAGGACUGUUAGGGAUGGACGGGUGGUGUUCUUGGCGCUUGGUCAUGCUAGUGAUGUAAAAUCUGGCGGAGUGUUUUGGGUAACUGUGAUGUAUACGCAUAUAUAUAAUGUCUACAGCAUUUUGAAUCAGAAAUGAUGAUGUGCAGGAAGUAGCAAGAUUUACCUUGUUUUUCUUUUCUGGUUUGUGUAAAUAGAUGUUGGAAGCUGCAUUGCUGUGUUCAUGUAUCUACAUACCCAUGUGAACU